UAGUGAUUUUUGCGGAAAUAAAAAAGCACAAUUAAAAACUGAAAGAGAGAGCAAGAGCGCGAGGCACUGUUCACUCAACUCUUUCUCCCCCAUUAAUGCUCUGUCUGAGCUCGCUACUCUACUUCACCACUUAGCUGGAAAAUAGUGCUCAAGAUGACGAUGAACGAGCGCAAGACAAUUGACUUAGAACAAGGAUGGGAUUUUAUGCAGAAGGGGAUUACGAAGCUGAAGAACAUCCUAGAAGGAUUGCCCGAGCCACAAUUCAGCUCAGAGGACUACAUGAUGCUCUAUACAACCAUCUAUAAUAUGUGCACUCAGAAGCCACCUCAUGAUUACUCUCAGCAGCUGUAUGAAAAAUACCAGGAGUCAUUCGAAGAGUACAUUAUUUCAACAGUAUUGCCUUCUUUAAGAGAGAAACAUGAUGAGUUCAUGUUGAGAGAGCUUGUGAAAAGGUGGUCGAAUCACAAAGUUAUGGUCAGGUGGCUUUCUCGUUUCUUCCAUUAUCUUGAUCGCUACUAUAUUGCUCGAAGGUCACUUCCAGCGCUCAAUGAAGUUGGACUCACUUGCUUUCGUCACUUAGUCUACCAGGAGUUAAAUGGGAAAGUAAGAGAUGCUGUAAUAGCACUGAUUGAUAAAGAGCGUGAAGGAGAGCAGAUUGACCGGGCUUUAUUGAAGAAUGUUUUAGAUAUAUUUGUGGAGAUCGGAAUGGGGCAAAUGGAUUACUAUGACAACGACUUUGAAUCAGCUAUGCUCGAAGAUACUGCUGCUUACUAUUCUCGGAAGGCUUCAAAUUGGAUCUUAGAAGAUUCUUGUCCAGAUUAUAUGUUGAAAGCCGAGGAAUGUUUGAAGCGAGAGAAGGAUAGGGUUUCUCAUUAUCUACAUUCUAGUAGUGAGCAAAAGUUGCUGGAGAAAGUUCAAAAUGAGUUGUUGUCCUUAUAUGCAACCCAGUUGCUCGAGAAGGAGCACUCUGGAUGUCAUGCAUUGCUUAGAGAUGACAAGGUGGAGGAUUUGUCGAGGAUGUAUAGGCUCUUUUCUAAAGUACCUCGAGGCUUAGAUCCUGUUUCAAAUAUAUUUAAGCAGCAUGUUACUGCCGAAGGUACAGCCUUGGUUAAACAAGCAGAAGAUGCAGCAAGCACUAAGAAGCCAGAUAAGAAAGAUGUGGUCGGUUUGCAGGAACAGGUUUUUGUUAGAAAAGUGAUUGAGCUGCAUGACAAGUAUCUGGCAUAUGUAAAUGACUGUUUUAUGAAUCAUACCCUUUUUCACAAGGCACUCAAGGAGGCUUUUGAAGUCUUUUGUAACAAGGGUGUUUCUGGAAGCUCAAGUGCAGAACUACUGGCCACAUUUUGUGAUAAUAUUCUUAAGAAAGGUGGCAGUGAAAAAUUGAGUGAUGAAGCCAUCGAGGAAACACUCGAGAAGGUAGUGAAGCUGCUUGCUUACAUUAGCGAUAAGGACCUAUUCGGUGAAUUCUAUAGGAAAAAACUUGCUCGGCGGCUACUUUUUGAUAAGAGUGCAAAUGAUGAGCAUGAGAGAAGUAUUUUGACAAAGCUGAAACAACAAUGCGGUGGUCAGUUCACUUCGAAGAUGGAGGGAAUGGUCACAGAUCUGACAUUGGCUAGGGAAAAUCAAGCCAAUUUUGAGGAGUAUCUCGGCAAUAAUCCAAAUACAAAUCCUGGGAUUGACUUGACUGUUACUGUCUUAACUACCGGUUUUUGGCCAAGUUACAAGUCUUUCGAUCUGAACCUUCCAGCGGAGAUGGUUAGGUGUGUCGAAGUUUUCAGAGAAUUCUAUCACACAAAAACAAAACACAGAAAAAUCACAUGGAUAUACUCAUUGGGUACUUGUAACAUCAAUGGAAAAUUUGAACCAAAAACGAUAGAGCUGAUUGUGACAACCUACCAGGCUUCUGCGCUGCUGUUAUUUAAUGCCGCAGAUAGAUUAAGUUAUCAGGAAAUCAUGACUCAGUUAAACUUAACCGACGAUGAUGUUAUUAGACUUCUUCAUUCUCUGUCAUGCGCCAAGUAUAAGAUCCUUAAAAAAGAACCAAACACCAAGACAAUCUCUCCUACUGACAUCUUUGAGUUCAACUCCAAGUUCACUGACAAGAUGCGGAGGAUCAAGAUUCCCCUCCCUCCUGUUGAUGAGAAGAAAAAGGUGAUUGAAGAUGUUGACAAAGACAGACGGUAUGCCAUUGAUGCUGCAAUUGUUCGUAUCAUGAAGAGUCGCAAAGUUUUGGGCUAUCAGCAGUUGGUCAUGGAGUGCGUUGAGCAGUUGGGUCGCAUGUUCAAGCCCGACAUUAAAGCAAUCAAGAAGAGGCUUGAAGAUCUAAUCACUCGGGACUAUCUAGAAAGAGACAAGGACAACCCGAACUUGUUCAGGUACUUGGCAUGAUUUGGCUGUUGAUUGUCCGUCCAAAGGAAUUCGUGACUCUAUUGCAGCUGCAAAUAGCUCCAAAAGAUGAUAUAUCAAUCUGCCGAAUGGGUUCAGCACAAACUCUUGUAAAUGCUUCCGCUCUUUGACUGCCUCUUUUGAUGAUUACGUAGACCUGAGAGCUCAAGUAUUCUUGUACAUUUCCCUCUUGAAGCCAGGUGAGGAUAAUUUCUACAGAUUGUUUGUGUGAGAAAAAUAUGUAAUUUGAUUUAGUUAUGCUUUCCAGUAUACAAUGAGACCAUCCAGCUUUUUACCAUCUUAUUACUGCCAUCCUCUUGCAUGACUGUUGACACUUGUAUUUUAGUUAAUUCAGAUUAUAGCAUGUACCAUUGUAAAAAAGAAAAAGAAAAAAUGUAUUUUCCCCCCUGAA